UUCUGAGACAGAAAAGAACGAAGAACGAAGUCAAAUUUGAUACCGAUUUGAGCAAUAAAGUAUUGGACGAUGAUAUUGAAGAAAACUUCGAGGAACCUGAGAUAGAAGAGACUUACAAUUCAGAUAAUCAACAACAAUCUUCAGUACUUCCUCAAUUAGAAGUAGAUUUAUUAGAUAUUAUACAAGCCUCAAAAAUUGAGGCCGAAGAGUCUAUUAAUAAAAAUGAAAUCGAAGAAUACUGGAAUGCAUGUUUGUUAAAAAAAUUAGUUGGUGAUUAUCACGAAGUCAUCAAAAGGAAUGUAAAUGAAGAUACAUUUUAUACAGACUUUGACUCACUUAUGACUGGUUUUACAAAACAACAAUUUGAUAAAUAUCAAUAUCAAAAAACUUAUGAAUUAUUUUGA